AUGGUACCCAGCAAAUUUGUACAGUUAUUCAUUGUCUUCAGUGAACAUCUGAACUACAAAGCACGAUUGGAGCCAGUCGUAAUCACAACACCACAACAUCACUUCAACCCCCCCACCUCACAACCUCACAACUUCCCAACAGAACAAAGCCACCCACCGCAGGAACCUCGAGCCUCCUUUCGUCGUUCAACUACCUGGGUAUCUGGCAAGUUCGCCUGUCGUUGCGCCGGUGCCUCGCUCUUUUACCGGCAGCGUUCGACAACUUCGUCGUAUGCCUAUACCCCCUACAACCUGUCUGAUGUUCAAAGCCUCGUUUACGUUCUUUUGCAGCUGCUAGUCAUCCUUAUCCCAACUCUCCCUCCGUCUCCUUCGGUCCGUCGUUUGUCCAACGGCGUCACUUCUCUGUCCUCCCUCCUCUCGGUUUCCCAUUCUCUAUGCAUCUUUCUCCAGCCUCUUACUCUCCUGUAUCGCCAUUUGUCUACUCCGGUCUUUGGCCGAUUCUUGAGAAACGGGAAACUGCCCAACAGAAAGCUCUCCACAUCAUGUUUGGUUUGCUUUCGGGUCUGGUUCAUCGUCGCCCCUCUGCCCAAAUCCCGCUUCACGUUGGUUGACCUCCGCUCUUGUGACCUUCAUUUCUCUCCUCCGUUUGCCCUCCUGCCUCGCAUAUUGGAGGUAUGGAUGGAUGACUUUAGUCUGAAGCAACCUGGGGUGGAACGACCAAGUGGUCCAGUUGCCUUGCCAAGGAUGGCCAAUGUCGACCAGAAGGAUAUCCCACCGCCAACCCCCGUCACCCUCCCGCAUGAUCAUCCUGACUUCCACCGAUUGCCUCCCGCCCCGACCAAAUCCACGACCCCUUUGGUCAAGUACCUACAAUCCAUCUCACGGUCCUCUGACGUAACUACUCCCAUAUUUGAGGCGCUCGGCGUUCACGUAAUUCCCGUCCGGUCGCCACGAGACCUCAUACCGGACCCGGCCUAUAUCCCCGACUUUGACGCUUGGGACCAGUUAUCUCCCGACGAGGCCCAAGAGCGCAAUGACGAAACGAAGCGACCGCUCAACACCGGAGCUCAGUCGCCUGGUUGCCAGACCUACCAGGACCGCAAGCGAGAGCUAUCCAUUGACAAUGAGGAUGCCUUCCGCGUCGUCACGCGUACGCCCCCGCCCACAGGAAAGCAGCCAAUUCGUUUGGGCAACUCUCGAGAAUUCUUUAACUGUCUCGAGUCCAUAGCAGGCUUUUGGGAUGACACCCCGAGACCUCAGCAACCGGUUACUACCGAAUCGCCCGAGACAGACAAGGACAAGAGCUCGCAAGGCGGCGGUCAACCUGGUAACCGCCAGCCUGUUACCUGUCGCACGGCCGCUGGGGCAUCCAUGCCGCAUGAAUACCGCCUGGGCCUUGUCCAUGGCUUCUUGAAGCUAGUCGCCUACGACUUCGGCUGCAGCCCCUCCCCCUCCCGCGUCGAGCCCCGCCUGCACCUCAAAGAACACAAGGCCGAUACGCCGUCUCACCCAGCGCCGCGUAACUCUUACAUUCCUUCCACCUGCACCUUCAUCUUCCGCAGUCCGCGGAGUCGUGACGAAGCGCGCAAGGGGCUCGUAGACGGACCCAUCGCCGCCAUAUCGGCACGCGCGACCACCAACUUCGCCGCAGAGAUUGAUCAUAACUUUGACUUUGCGCGCGAGCUUAUCGCAGCCCUCCUUACCGCCCAGCACCGAGCUCGCGAGGGCAAGACAGAGCAGCGCCCCGGGCAGGGUCAGUGGUGGACCACCAGGAAACGCUGGGGCGGGGGCUCCGGUGGACCCAUCGGCCGCGAAAUCGAACGAGCCGCGGAAUGGGACGCUGCCCAGGGCGGCAAAGACGGCCCAGUCGCUAAAAUGAAUGCCGCCACCGCAACAGUAUCUGGUUCAUCUUCCGGCUCCUCCCCCGGGAUGCCGGCACCCAAGCGCCCUCGCAAGCAGAUGAGCAUCUACGACAGUUACCGCAUGAUCCGCCCACCAUCAGCGUCCUGGGACCCCAGAACACGUUACGAGGCCAUCGGGAAAGUGCCCGGUUCGGGGUACGACGACAUCUUUCUCGUCAGCUGCCUGUUCCACCACGUCAGCGUCUUGCGCGUCCGAGUGCCGGAUCGGUUGUUGGAGGUGCUGCAGGGAGCUAGCGAGGGAGAGGAACCGCGCAGCUGGGGCGAACUCGAAGUACGCCGUACCCCGUGGUUUGACCUUUUUCUUGUUGAGGAGCGACUCGAGGCCCUGAAAAUCGUGUGGGCUGUGAUGGCAUGGAUGAUGCGCAAACCCGAAGAGGAGAACCGGGAUGGGGACGUCACCAUGGUCGGGACGUGA